CUCGAGUCAUGGGUAACAGAGCACGUUAUCCGUAACCGUGCCAGUGCAGAUCGCUCAGCCACCAAGAGAUGGCAGCCUGGCCGAGCCAUGUUGCAAUAUUUUGAAACUUAACCGUUGAAACUUGAAACUUUAAAUUCAGCUGUGAUAAAUGCAUAUUUGAUUUACGGUAUUACUAGAAAUAUCUAUGUUUCUAAGGAUUGAUCUUAACUUCUUAAAUUUUUUAAAAUGUUAAUAUGAAAAUGGCGGAAGAUUUAUGUGUGAAUAACUCCACGCCUGAUACGAGCACUGUUGGAGGAUGCAGCGACGACGUGCAGUUACCUGCCAGUUUAUUUUCUGACAUAUCAACGGAGAACCCCUGUGCUCAUUCGAGAACCGCGUCUGGUCUACCGCAAAAUGAGCAGGAAUGUAUAACAGAUAUGCCCGUGCCUACAGCGUACAGUGAUCGUCUGAAAGCAGCCCUUAGAGCCGUUGAAUCUGGAAUCAUGACUCGCUAUGCUGCUGCCAAACGGUACAACGUUCCAUACACCACGCUCUGGGAAAAGCUGAACGGCGUCCGCCGUGGAAAGUUAGGAGCCCAUAUGAGAAAGUUCACAGACGAAGAGGAGAAUUAUAUAGAGAGCCUUCUACUCAAAUGUGCGGAAAAUGGUAUACCUUUGGACAAGCGGUUCCUAAAGCGAAUUGUCCCAAUAUUGGCCAGCAACAAAGAUAUGCCCGUUAAUCGUAAAACGUUUACGAAAUUCUGGCACAGACAGUUCUUGAAAAGACAUCCGAAGAUUUCGCAGCGAUUUCUCAUGGUGUAUCUCGGAAAAAGGCAAGAGAGUGGACCGUGAGUAAUCGAGAAGAGUGAAUCGAGCGGCUCAGAGAACUGCAUAA